GCACGAAUCGUUCCAACUCGAAAAGGUAAAACAGUGGGGAUAAAGAAAGAAGCCACUAAUGGCGGUGUUUAACUCUUCCUAUUUCAAAUUAGUCUUUUAGUUAUUUAUUUAGUAUUUCUGAGAGUGAAAUGAGUUUACUAAACAACGGAUAUAAACCGUGAAAGGAUAUUUGAGGUGGCGAAUGAAAUUUUUGAACUAGUUUACUUCUAAGCACGUUAAUUUGUGCGUAACAAAGUGUGGCGGUAGAAAAGAGUGUACUGCGUGCGGGGUUAACCUAUUCGAGGUUCCUCGCUUCACCCGAACAAUGACAAUGAAUGAGGAUUUCAAAUUCGCCGAACUAUGUCGGCUCUGCUCAUUGAAGAGCAACAAUCACCUGCAGAUAUUCGAUCAGGAGGGUGAGCAACGGCAGCUUCUCUUCAAAAUUCGCUCCUGCAUACCAGCUGUGAUUACCAAAGAAGAUGCCCUUCCAAAAAAUAUCUGCCAGCGAUGCCUCUACAAAUUGGAUAUGUUCUACGAAUUUCGUGCCAGCUGUAUGACAACGGAUACAGUACUAAAAAAUUACGCAGACAGUUUGAAACAACUAGCUGCUUCAGUUAAUAGUCAGGUUUCAGAUAAGGACAAAAUGUCCGGUGGUAGCCAGCAACAGCAGCAGCAGCAACGUACCGCGUACGUUGAGGCCCAUGCUGUGGCUCACGCUGCAGUUCAGCAGCACAUGGCUCAGCAGGCAGCACAGGCCAGACUUGCUGGUCCUGGACCACCUGCCGCCCCUCAGCCCCCCAAUCCAACAUUCACUAUUCCAGAUGAUGGACUUGGAUACGAUGACGGAGUCAGAGUCCUUCGGUCAAUCGGAACCUGGUCACCAGAUUACUCUGCAGCGAUGCGACCUGGGGGAGUAAUGCCUGCCUUUCCCAGCACCACAGAACAACAGUUUCCCAGAGGACCGACCGUCAAUCAAUCCCCGCGCCCUCGACCAGGUUUUGCCUCCAAAGCUACAAACACGGGGGAACCGACAAUUAAAGCAUUCGCUUGCACCGUUUGUGGCAAGGGUCUUGCACGUAAAGACAAACUUGUCAUUCAUAUGCGAAUUCACACAGGGGAGAAACCAUACUCGUGUGAAGUUUGUGGCAAAGCAUUCGCGAGACGAGAUAAGUUAGUAAUACAUAUGAAUAAACUGAGACACAGACCAGGUCUUACGCCCCUAUCUACUCCUACUGCACCAAGUUCCGAUCAGCAACAACAACAGCAGCAACAACAACAACAGCAGCAGCAACAACAACAGCAGCAGCAGCAGCAACAGUUGCAACAGCAGCAACAACAACAACAGCAACAACAGCACCAAAAUCGUCAGGAUUCGCUCCAAAAACCUAAAAUUGAACCAGUGAGUUGGGCUUGCGAGCUUUGCGGACGUGCCCAUGCGACUAGAGAAGAAUGGAUGCAGCAUGCGAGAUCUCAUCUUGAGGCUUCGGCACCUCCUCAGCAUGCCGCCCCCUAUUUUCCUGCCAGUGCCGCUCCGCCUCAGCCCUACGCAGCUGAACGACAUUUUUGUCUGAUGUGCCGCACCGACUUUACGGACAAAGCGGAAUUCUUGUUCCACGUUCGUUCACACUUCGAACCUCAUUCACAACCGGCUCCAUCCCAACAUUCGAGUGGUAAACAGGUUGCUGAUUCGGCCACAGCCGAGUUAAUCGCCCGUGGUUUAGUCGAUCCCUCGGGCUUAUGCAGCUAGAACCACACCACCUACCAUUGCUUGUCGUCGAUCCGUGUCUUACCGUAGUACAACCUUUCGACUUCAUUGCAUGGAAAUGAGAGAUUAUUUUGUCCUAUGAAACAAAGCUUCGAUAUCAGGUCGUCAAAUGAUCCUUGCUACACUGAGAGGGUAUGUAUUCAUUAAAUUUGUCUAAGAAACGCUAUCGGACCGGAGUAGAUCAGCAAAUAGAUAAGCACGUAUCAAUGAGGUAUUUGAGUGGUUUAUCACAAUCUACUAUUGGUACCCACUUUUCUGAUACAAAGCGACGCAAAAGUGGUUUAGAACUCUAUACAAAUUUCGAAAUUGUAUAUCACACUGCCUUCCAAGUUUAUUUUUUGAAUAAUCGUAUUUCAAAAAUAAUUUUUCGAAUGACUACUCGUCGGUUUCGUAUCUAAGGGUGAUUCGAAAGGCUAGAUAAUCACUUUUUUCUGUGCAUGAUCGCGACAACUGGGUAUCGUAACGCAGGAAUCGGUGAUCGAAACGUUAGUGCCUAUGUGUAAUAAUGGGGAUACUGUUGCUACGGAAUAUGUAACGGUGAAAAACUAAUUGGUAAUUGUUUUUGAGUUGGAGUCAAGUCGUUAGGAGUUAUACGGCUGAUCAAAUGAAAAUAUGAUUCGUUAAAAGUCGCGCACCUAUUUAGUCGCAAAGUAGAUAUAUACACAUAUGUAUACAUACAUAUUAUACUUAUCCUUGCUUGGAGAUAUCUGUUGAAUAAGACACAUGUCUAUUUUGUAUAAUUGAUAAUCAGAAUUAUUCACAGUAUAGAUAAUCUGUGGAAAACGAAUCUUUCUUCAUCAAUAUUUCAUAUGUAAAUAUGUUAUCUCUAAGUUACCCUGUAGCGUAUUAUCUAGCUACCAGUAUAAUAGCUACAAUCUAGCUACAUUAUUACAUUUAACGUUAUUUCAGUUUGUCGAUUAUUAUAUUGUAAGUACUUUAUCGCGAAGUUAGAUAAUAAAAUGUUACGGCUACAUCAUUAUUACGUACACAAUCACACUUUCUUAAUUUUUUUUUUGCUUUCUACUACGCAAUCAUGAUUUUCAAUUUCUUCUUAAAAUUGAUAUUCCAAAAUUCGGGGCGUUACCAUCUUCCGCAUCGAUGCAUUCAAUGAUUAUUAAUUGAGUUGAUUAUUAAUUCAGUUUGUCGAGAGAGGGUCGUUAGGACAGAAAUCGUUAGGACAGAAUUCACUCGGAGUCGUUUCUACGGAAAAUUUCUGCCGAUGGAUCGUUAGAACAGAAUUACGAGUUAGGGUCUUUAUGACAGAAUUCCCACUUCUGUCCAAACGAACCGCCUGAGGAUCGUUUGGACAGAAUCCGUUUUCGCUGUACAAAUCAUAUUUUGUCAAAACGACCCUCACUCGCAGUUCUGUCCUAACCAUCCAUUCGCAGAAAUUUUCUGCAGAAACGACUCCGAGUGAAUUCUGUCCUAACGAUCCGCACCUUAUAUUUCGGCUACUUUAGACAAUGAGUUGUUUUUUUUCCCCCCUAAUGGAAUGAGUAAUUCACAUUGCAUGAACAUAUCGCUGUAAUAGUUUUUUCUCUAUGAAUUAACACCAACUCAACCACAAUGAAGCUACAAAUGUCAAAGCAGAUGAAGUUCAACCCAGUUGUUACGCAGUACUUGAGAGUUUUAACAUGAUUCUGCUAGAAUUUAGGUUCUACAAAUGGGCUGUUCAGGCAUAAAUUCUAAAAGCUUUAAAAAUGGAAAUAUUUGACAAAAUCAUCGGGCUAAGAACUACCUAGCUGCUGAACAUAUUUAAUAGUGCAUAUUGCCAACAAACCAUUUGUUUUUGAACCCGCUCAUAAUACUGCUUUAAUGGCGCUUACUUCCUCUUGUCUAUAUGUAUAGAUUAGGGUCCCAGUUGAGAGCAAAGCGCGUUGAGUCUGCCGUGCCUCCAUUGCCAAGUGUUAUCCUGAUUAACGUUCAUAAUUUUAUCUUAUUUUAAAUGUUGACGUAGCCAAAAAUGUGACUGACUAUUAAUUGUAACGUUUCUGUAAUUAUAAAUAUUAUUAUUACUUUAAUUAUUACUAUUAUUUUUAUUAUUGGAACGAUCAUAGUAGAACAUAAAUAGGUAUGGGCAAUCGAGCACCAGGGAGAAUAAUAGGAAUAUUCAAUUCUCGCGCCUAGACCUAAUCUCGAAAGCUCUUCCGAUUGACACUUGUAGGGUCAUUAGCUUAACAAAAUAUCUUGCUGAUAAAAUUCGAAAAAAUUAGGUACUGCAGUUCUAAAAUGAUUUUCAAAAUAGAUUGCUCUACUUUGAGUUAUCAUUCAAUUUAUGCUCGCGAUUUUCGCACCCCUUCAAAACCUCGAUGUACAGUAAUCCGAUGGAAUAUCCGAUUUUCAUUUGAAAGUUUCAUCAUAUAAUACAGAAUGGCAUUGAGUGAACCACCGACCACCAUCUACUCCGAAUCAUUAGUAUAGGAAAGGAACUAAUUAGCUGAGAAACAAGUGUUGAUGAUACGUGCAAUUUCAUUCGAGUAAUCGUUGGAAUAUUAUCUCUGUCCAUUUCCAUUUUUGCCGGAUUUAUACACGGCAAGAGCGUUUAAUGAUCAUAAAUUCUUUGAAUCAACUGCUCUGAAGUCUAACAGGCAUCAGGGGUGGGGCAAGCAUUUGAAUAAUACUUCAUGAUUUCUUGCAACAACUCGCAUGACCAAUAGACGUAUGAGAAACUCAUUGAUAGACUCGUGAGAAUUUUUCAUCAUAUCGUUUGUAUCUUUAAUAAUCAGGAUACUUUAGACUGAAUUUUAUCUUCAAUACAUUGCGAUUAUUUCGGGUGGGGAUGACACUGCAAGGGAGUAAGAUACAGAGAUGGAUUGGAACAAAACUAAAUGAACGAUGUUGACGUACUGGAUGGGUUAGCGUUACACCCGACUUUAUUCAGUUAUGUAUUAGUUAUACGCAUAGUGCCUUCUCUCUGGGACAUAUUAAUUCUGUGUUGCUACAACCUUAACUUGCGCACGUUAGGAGGCACACCGGCGCAAACAUAUUAACACAUAAACAGUAAGAUAGGGUAGUUUAUUUGAUGGUUUUUGGUGUUGUCAGGAAUGAAUAUAUUCAACGCCACUGCCUCUAGCAGUUGUUUUAGACUACUUUUAUACUGUUAAUGUCACACGCAGCUAAUACGAGUCGGUGCAUUACUGCCAUAAUCAUUAAAUACGAUGUAUACUCACACUAUACCUUUAUAAAUAAAAUAUAUGAAAUAAUA